AUGGAAUCAUUUCAUGAUAAAGAUACCGAAUAUUGUACCAAAGCAAUGUCUUGUCUUUCCACGGAGGACGAAUCAAAAUUUACAAGAUCACGGAGCAAAGGUGAAACCAGGGGACAGAGGCCUGCUGGUCUUACGCACGAAUGCGGCGUUUUCGGAUGCAUCGUUGCAGGAGAUUGGCCAUCACAAACUUGUGACGUUGCUCAAGUUGUUUGUCUAGGUUUAGUUGCGUUACAACAUAGGGGGCAAGAGAGCGCAGGAAUCGUUACAAGCGAGGGCGUCUGCUCGAAAUCAUUUCAUGUUUAUAAGGGUAUGGGAAUGAUCAAUAAUAUUUUCAACGAUGAAAAUAUGAAAAAGCUCAAAGGCAAUCUUGGAAUUGGUCACACCAGAUACAGCACAAGUGCGGCCAGCGAAGAAGUCAACUGUCAACCAUUUGUAGUGCACACCGCGCACGGAGCAUUGGCAGUUGCACAUAAUGGAGAAUUAGUUAAUACGGAAAGUUUACGAAAAAUGGUAUUAGGACGAGGCGUUGGUUUGUCGACGCACUCAGAUUCGGAGCUCAUAACACAAGCGCUCUGCUUAAAUCCGCCUGAAGGUGAAGUCAACGGACCGGAUUGGCCAGCGCGUAUCAAACACCUUAUGCAAUUGGCACCAUUAUCAUAUUCCCUGGUUAUAAUGCAGAGGGAUAAGAUCUAUGGCGUACGCGAUCCAUAUGGCAAUCGCCCACUUUGUCUAGGGAAAAUCGUACCAAUUGGCAAAUUAGCAAAUAACGAGUCUGACGACGACGACGAUGAUGCGGAAGGCUGGGUAAUUUCAUCGGAAUCCUGUGGAUUCUUGAGUAUCGGCGCGCGUUAUGUCCGUGAAGUAUUUCCCGGUGAAAUCGUGGAGAUGACUAGAGAAGGCAUUAAAACUAUCGAGAUAGUAGAAAGACCGAAUAAAAAACCGCAGGCAUUUUGCAUCUUCGAAUACGUCUAUUUCGCCAGGAGCGACAGCAUUUUUGAAGGACAAAUGGUCUAUUCCGUACGUUUGCAGUGUGGACGAGUGCUAGCGAUGGAAUCCCCGGUUGAAGCAGAUAUAGUCAGUUCUGUGCCAGAAUCUGGAACAGCAGCGGCACACGGAUACGCCAGGCAAUCAAAGAUACCUUUUGCCGAAGUGCUGUGCAAAAACAGAUACGUAGGUAGAACGUUCAUUCAACCUAGUACGCGAUUGAGACAGCUCGGAGUAGCGAAAAAAUUCGGAGCUUUGUCAGAGAAUGUAAAAGGAAAGAAAAUCAUUCUCGUUGACGAUUCUAUCGUCAGAGGAAAUACAAUCGGUCCAAUUAUAAAAUUACUACGUGACGCGGGCGCUAAGGAAGUUCAUAUUAGAAUAGCAUCGCCUCCGUUAAAAUACCCAUGCUAUAUGGGUAUCAACAUUCCAACAAGAGAAGAACUUAUCGCGAAUAAACUUGACAAUGUAAAAUUGGCCAAACACGUAGGUGCGGACAGUUUAACAUACCUUUCGGUCGACGGACUUGUUGAGGCAGUCAGGUAUCGCAUGGACAAUCGCGACAGUAGUUACAUUGGUCAUUGCACUGCCUGUCUAACGGGAGAAUACCCAGACGAAUUGCCUGGUGAUCUCGAUUGGUGAAGACACAAGAUGUAUAAUAUUUAUAUACAUUUUUUAUAAAAUACAAUUUUUGAUUCUAAAAUCAAAAUGAAACUCAGGUCUCUAAAAUAAGUAAAGAAGUAACGAAGAUACAUAGCAAGCUGCGAUAUAUGAUUUCACAAAGUGUUAUCAUAGAAUAUAUAUAUAUAUAUAUAUAUAUACAUAUAUAUGCGUGUUUAGAUAUUACCGCGUGCAUACAUAAAGUGUUAAGCUUUAAUUGAUCGCAAAGAUUGUAUACAAUCUUACUUGAUAAUUGAUUUAUAUAUAUAUAUAUAUGAAAUAUUUAUCUAUUCUAUGUUUAUGUUACAUUAUCUAUUUCUUUGCUAGAAUUUUAUUAUUAGGAACGAUUUGUACUUUUGGGUUUAAUUCAGUAUUUUAUAAUUACAUAUUUUCCCAAAACACAAUUAUAUAUAUGUAAAAUAAAAAGAAUAAGUAAUAUAAUAUGUGAGAUAUUCUACAUCGUGUUAACUGUAUCAUGUUAUGCUUGCUACAUUCAAAAUAAAAAACUCAGAACAUUU